AUGCCACUUUUUGGCUGGAUGAAAUGGCCAAAAUAUGAUUCCUACAAACCCACACACUCUCCUGGCUCCGACGUAGUGACAAAGACUCUGCUUCGGGAAUUAAAGUGGCAUCUGAAGGAGCGAGAGAGAUUAAUACAAGAGAUCGAAAAUGAACAAAAAGUUAAAAAAACAGGUGUGGAUUACAACUGGCUGAGAAACUACCAGAAUCCCCACACGACCAUCCCAGCUACUGAACAAAGACAACUUGAAGUCCUUUGCUCACAAGUUCAGCCUUGUCAAACUGGAACUAUUCUCAGCAGAUUUCGAGAAGUUUUAGCAGAAAAUGAUGUACUGCCAUGGGAAAUAGUCUACAUCUUCAAGCAAGUUCUGAAAGACUUCCUAAACAGUACUAACAAAGGUAACCAGCAAGAAGGCCCGGAAGAGUCAGGGAACAUAGACUGUCCUGUUCCUUCUGUGAUCCUGGGCACAAGCUCCAGGGGUUCCAAUAAAGACGAAAUACCCACGAUUUCUAGUUACGUGGACAAAACCACAAAGAACACGUUCCCAGCAUUCUCGCAUAGAAUAUGGAACCUACCAUAUUAUUACCCAUCAAGUUAA